CAGGCAUCAAAUUAAUCCCCGAAUCCUGAUCCUGAAGUAAUUGAACGGCAAAACGAAGAACAGAAACGCAGCGAAGAAACGAAGGAAAUUCAUCGCGUAAAAUCGAAUGUCACGAGUGAAAUGGAAUGAAGAUAAUAUAGCAGAAAUCGAGGCAAAUAAACCGGUCAGGCAGAAAAUUACUGAACCAAAGACACCGUACCAUCCCAUGAUUGACGAUGAAGAAUAUGUUGAUCCAUCAUCUCCUUCGAGAAGUGGAGGCUUCGGGGAUUAUUUUGAAGAUGCACUGAAUAUACUAGCGACAUCUUCUUCGUUGAAUGAUGUAGGCUCCUCUAGUAAAUCUGGCUCGCAUCAAUCCGGCUGGACAUCAUCUGAUGAUGACACAGAAGCAAUGGAUCAAGGUGAAAAAGAUUCUGAUUCCGAGAGGCGCAGGAGCUUCAAGGAGCACAGGAAAGAUCAUUAUGACGAGUUUCUCAAAAUCAAAGAGUUGCGUCGAAAUGGAUCCCAACUGGAAGACGCUUCUGACGAUGAACCCUCGAUAACUGCCGGUGUCAAAGACAUCGAUAUUGAGGAACCAUCGCGACUGGCAAAUGGAUCUUAAUAUCCGCUCUUUAGAUCCUUGCUGGUGACUUUAAAACUGAUGAAUUCUGUUUUGCAAUUUGUAACAUGGCCACUUCAUUCAGCUUUGGUUUUGUAAGCAAAAAAAUUGAUCUCUACUGGAAUGAUACGUUGGUUGAUAUUCAACAACUUGUCACUUGUAAUGUUAAUCUGUUCGUUAAGCUUAUUUGAAAUCUACUGCAUCUUCUAUUGUUACUGUUAA